AUGAUCCAGACCGAAGAACGAACCCAAGCCCUAACACCCUAUCAGGUGCAGCGAUACAGCAGGCACAUCAUCAUGCCCCAGGUCGGCAGCGUCGGCCAGCGCAAGAUGCUCAAUUCCAAGGUGCUUAUAAUAGGCGCGGGCGGUCUUGGCUCACCCGUAUCCAUCUAUCUCACACUUGCGGGCGUCGGCACAAUCGGCAUCGUCGAUUUCGACACUGUUGAUGUAACCAACCUCCAGCGCCAAAUCCUGCACCAGAACGCCGACAUCGGCAGGCCCAAGGCGAAGUCCGCCUAUGAGACCCUCAAGGCGUACAACCCCGAUGUGAAUGUGCAGAUUCACGAAGAGCCUAUAACCUCCGAAAACGCCUUCGACAUCAUCCCUGAGUACGACAUCAUCAUCAACGGCGCGGACAACUUCCCCGCCCGCUACCUCGUCAACGACGCCGCCUACCUCAGCAAUAAGCCACUCGUGGACGGCAGUAUCCUGCUGUUCGAUGGGCAGGCGACCGUGUACAUGCCGGGACAGGGCUGCUACCGCUGCCUCUUCCCCACUCCGCCGCCUCCGGGUGAAGUGCCGAGCUGCGCCGAGGCUGGCGUUCUCGGUAUGCUCCCUGGUAUGGUCGGCAGCAUUCAGGCAGCCGAGACCGCCAAGCUGAUACUGGGCGUUGGCGAAUCCCUCACCGGUAGGUUGCUGCUCAUUGACGCUCUGGAUAUGUCCUUCCGCACCGUCAAAAUCCGCCGCAACCCUAACUGCCCCCUCUGCGGCGACGAGCCGACCAUCACCGAGCUGAUCGACUACGAAGCAUUCUGUGGCGUCCCUGUGUUGACCGCCGGAUAA